AAUGAAUUAUUAAUUCCAAAGAAAUAUGCGCUUUUCACAACUCGAAUCGGAAAAUGAAAUGGAAAUUCGUUUGAUGUCACUCAGAGCAUAACGAAUCAAAGAUGUAUGUGCUGCAUACUGUAUGGAUCAUCGCCUGCUGCCCCUGAACCACCCACCCUGCAGCAUCAGUGAAGCCACCAAAUAAAGCUACGGACUCACCCCUUCCCUCCCCGGAAUCAUGGAGUUUGAUUGGGCCACGGAGGCCCGUCUGCCCAGCCUUGGCGAUACGGCCAGCGGUGCGGACAACGAUUUGGCCAGCAACUGGUCGACUCUCUCGAACUUUACACGACUCUUCAAUGCCGCCGCCCCCGACCUUGUCAACUACACGCUCAGCAUACUCGACUUGAGUGUGUCCGCUAAUGUGAGCCUCUCUUCGACUACGCCAGUGCCCGCCUAUGCCAUCACGAACAGCUCCUCGCUGGCCCACACCGACAGCCUGCACGAGGCAGGCGCCCCGAUGGCGGAACAGGUGCCCGAGCACAUGAUGGACCAUGCGCCGCAGCUGUCUCGCUCGGGACUGCUGAAGGUCUAUGUGCUGGCGGUGAUGGCGCUCUUCUCGCUGCUGGGCAACCUGCUGACCAUUUGGAAUAUCUACAAGACGCGCAUCUCGCGUCGCAACUCGCGGCACACGUGGAGUGCCAUCUAUUCGCUGAUGUUCCACCUGUCGAUCGCCGACGUUCUGGUCACCUGGUUCUGCAUCAUCGGCGAGGCCGCCUGGUGCUACACGGUCCAGUGGCUGGCCAAUGAGCUCACCUGCAAGCUGGUGAAGCUCUUCCAGAUGUUCAGCCUCUAUCUCUCGACGUACGUCCUCGUCCUGAUCGGUGUGGACCGCUGGAUUGCCGUCAAGUAUCCCAUGAAGUCGCUGAAUAUGGCCAAACGUUGUCAUCGCCUGCUCGGCGGCACCUACAUCCUCUCGCUGGUGCUCAGCCUGCCACAGUUCUUCAUAUUCCACGUGGCACGUGGUCCCUUUGUGGAGGAGUUCUACCAGUGUGUCACCCACGGCUUCUACACGGCCGACUGGCAGGAGCAGAUGUACGCCACCUUCACGCUGGUCUUCACCUUUCUGCUGCCACUGUGCAUCCUGUUUGGAACAUACAUGUCCACUUUUCGCACCAUCUCAAGCAGCGAGAAGAUGUUCCAGGGCUCCAAGCUGGCGAACUACUCCACGAAUAAGCUGCCCACCCAGACGAAUCGACAGCGCCUGAUACACAAGGCGAAAAUGAAGUCGCUGCGCAUCUCCGUGGUGAUCAUCAUAGCGUUUCUUAUCUGCUGGACGCCCUACUACGUGAUGAUGAUUAUGUUCAUGUUUCUGAAUCCCGACAAAAGGCUGGGCGACGAUCUUCAAGACGCCAUCUUCUUCUUUGGGAUGUCCAACAGCCUCGUCAACCCUCUCAUCUACGGCGCCUUUCAUCUGUGUCCGGGCAAAGGGAGCAAGUCCAGUGUGGGUGGCAAUAACAACGCCUACAGCCUGAACAGAGGCGACUCGCAGCGCACGCCAUCGAUGCUGACAGCCGUGACGCAGGUAGACGGCACCGGUAGCAGCUCCCGACAGAUGCGCGCCUUCCGGCAGCAGAGCUACUACCGCAGCACGAGCAACGGCUGUGCCGGGCCACCCUUCAAGGAGCAGGUGGGUCUGCUGCAAGUGGGUACGGGCGCCUCCAGUGCUGGCCCCGGCUCUGUGUCCGGCAGCAACAGUGCAACGCCGCAGCUGAUGCGGAAGGGCUCGUCGGUGCGCAGUCCACAUCCGCAUCUGGCGAUCCUGGUCCGGCACCCCAGUUGCCUGCGCGAACAGGAACAGCAGCGCCUACUGCUGCAGACGACAACAGCCUCCUCCGCCGUCGUGCUCAACUAUGACGCCCAGCGAGGGGGCGUAGGCGUGGGCGUGGCCAGUGGAGCGCACCUGACCGCGCUGCUGGACAACAACGAGCGGGUGUCGAGCGUGUGAGUGGAGCUGGCGAUGGCGGCGGUGGAAAAUGUUUCGACAGAUGGGUCGGCGGAGGACGCGUGCUCCUGCUGCCAUUGCCUGAGCAGGGAGCUGGUGCGGCGGCAGCAAGAGCUGCAAGGGAUUCCAGUGCAGUGACUCUGCCAGAGGAUCAAAGGAUCGCAUAGAGUAAGAGUGAGAGAGAGGUGCACCUGGAACAGGAUGAGCCGUGUGUGUGAACGAACCGUGUGCGCUGAGGCGUCGAUGAUCAGAUCACCGAGCCGAGGAGCGUCUGGGUAGUUAAUACGAAUUGAGAGUUAAGUCUUCAAACACAAUGGGUGUGCUUAGAGAGAGAGUAGAGUAGAGUAGCGUAGAGUGUUUAUUCCUAGUUUUUACGGUCUUCUCACCCCCACUGGGGGCCAUCCCAGUGUGGGGUUGAGCUACUACUCAUCGCUAAGCAGUGGCAAGUGCAGCUCAAACGACAAGUAUUUUAAUUAGCAAUUAGUCCUUUUAAUGAAGCUUCCUGGAACCCAUCAGUUUUUUUUGCUUCAAUGUCCCUUGCAUCGUUUGCAAGUUUGUUAAGCGGAUUGAAUCUCAUGUCCGCUUCGUCCCUCAUUGCUCGUUGCUAGUUCACGUUAGUUCGUUUUUUCUACAAAAUCAAUUGUCUAACGCAGCCAAAAACCAAACAGGGUAAUAAUUACUUAAUACAAUUAACUAUAAAUAUAUCAAUGUGCAUUUUUUGCCACACAUUUUUCGCUCUCCCGACUAGUUCCACCCAAUAGCAAUAGAUGCGAAUGCCAAACGGAAUCAUUCAUAAAAAGUGCAUAACUAAACAAAACAAAAAGUACUUACCGAGCCUCAUCUCAUCGUUUACUCACCUUUUACUGUUUUCCCUUUGGCUUUGCUGUAAAAUCUAUUUAGUUGAAGACAAUAACUUUUGGAUCUGCCUCUGUGAAAUUCCAAACGAAAGCGUAGAUUUACUACGAGUAUAUUCAAUUUGGCCGAAAACAGUUCGCAAAGGGAUUGCAUGCUCUUAUGUAAGUUGGAUCAGACAAAUACAUGUGUGUGUACCCAUUUUAGACUGGUUCGCCCAACAAUUUACACGGAUCCGGGACAACGACAACUCUGUGGGAUUACGUGGUAUGCCCAUCCCAUCCCAUAGGAUCCCAUCUAUUCAGCAUCCUGUUCGCAUAUUGUGUGGUGUGUACUUAUGUAUAAAUAAUCUGUGUCAAAUUUGUAUAGUUUAUUUUUAAUAAAAACCGAAUGAUCCUUC